AAGCUGUGCGAGCAACCUCGCGAUGCGACAGCGUUCAGCAUGCGAGUCCCUUAUCUCGUCGCUCCAUCUCUUGUUCUGUGGACUUCUGAUGAUCCCGAGGCGACUACUGAAGCCAGAGAGAGGCACAGAGCGCUGAGAACAUUUGGCGAAGGAGAGUUGAAAUCGACCUUUGGUACAGAAGACCAUAGUGCCUACGGUACAGGUUAUGGAAAUGGCGAGCCACGUGAUCCUAGGGAUCAAGACGCUGCAAAAUCACUCUUUGGAGACAACUAUCCGAGACUUCAAGCGCUCAAGGCCAAAUCGGCAAUUCACAAACUUGUCGCUCUAGAUCCGGUCAUCAACACGUCCAGAGCAAAGUCAAGGUGGAGGACGCCCCCGGAUCCAAGGCGACAUCCUCCCAAAUAUUGGCAGCUCCACCGGCACAUAAAAAGUAAAAUGAAUGAAGAAUCGGGCCGAAAGCAGAUCAAACUUGGCGUGGAUUGCUACACGUAUUUACCACGAAAGUCAAGUAUGAUCAGAGCGUUAAACUUUGAUUGGAAAACACCUCUCUUAGAGGCCGGCUUCACAGGCGACCUCGUCACUCCCUCUGACCCCGACUACCAAGUCUCCCUCAAACGCUUUGUCAAGAAUGCCCAGAGAAACGCCGCACUCGUCGCAUUC